AUGGCCAUUACUUAUGCGCUGAAUACUCCAUUGAGCCGAAACCCUUGCAUUGCGGUGACUGUGCUGGGUGCUGUAAGCACCAUCACAACGAUAUUGAGGUUCUAUGCCUUGCGGCUAAGAGGAGUGAAGCCGGGAGCGCCAGAAUGGCUCAUCGUCGCGGCAUUGGGUAUUGUUUAUGUUGAUAUUGCCAUUGAAUUUAUCCAUAUCUCAGUCACCAUUGUUGGUGGAGCAGGCCGCAAAAUGGGAGAAGUUGAUCCAUCAUCCAUAAUCGUCACGCUCAAGACGAUUCUCCCCCUUGAAGCUCUUUAUGGAAUCGUCCUAGGCUUAAUCAAAACGUCCAUCAUGCUCUUCUACUUCCGAAUUUUCGGCUCCAAAAAAAGCUUUCGAAUUAGUGUUUUCAUCACCAUGGCCAUCGUCUGGGCGUGGUCUGUUAGUGUGAUUCUAGAGACAUUCCUUCUGUGUCGGCCGCUGGCAUACAAUUGGGACACAACCAUUCGCGGCACAUGUGGCAAUCGCAAUGCGACGUAUGUUGUAGCAGGAACAAUGAACCUGAUAACCGACUUGCUGGUCAUGGCUCUCCCUGUGCCUCAUAUUUGGAAGCUGCAGCUCGACAUUGCGAAAAAAGUGGCGCUGUCCAGUGUGUUCUGUUUGGGGUUAUUUACAUCCAUCAUCAGUAUAAUUCGUUUGGUAGCCCUCAUGGCAAUCGACUUCACCGACAUCACCUAUUCCGUUCAAAUGGGAGUCAUGUGGACGGUCAUCGAGCCCGAGCUUGCCAUCAUCUGCGCCAACAUGCCUUUACUUAAAGCAGUCUUGUCGAAGGUAGUACCCGGUUUGUUCUCAACAGCCCGCACGAAAUACGGCGCCAGUGGUCCAGAGUCAUUCGAAAGACUUCAGGAUCCGCAAUACAAGAAUACUCAUGUGUUGAGUCGGCUCGAUCGGGGUACAAUGAACACGCACCUUUCUACUACUCGGGGCACCGGAGAGCGGGAAGGUUCUGAAGAAAGUAUCCCAGACGACUUUUCAGAUGAGCAGCGCCUUCAUAAUCAGCCUGAGCAUGACAAAAACGGCAUCAGAGUGGACCAGAACUUUGUUAACCUCCCUACUGGGAGAAAGAAGAGACGAAUCAUGACCGAGCGCGCGCCACUACUGAGCGACUGCAAGAUAUGCAUCGCAUGUAGCAAUGCUCUGGAAGAAGAUUCUGUGAUGCAGUUGGAUAUUUCAAUCUCAGAACACGGCGGCGAGGUUGUCAUACACGAAGAGCCAGCACCUUUCCCACCCGUCGAGCAAUUUACGCACAUCAUCUCAUUGACAGCCGACUUUCCUGCAUAUCAAUCAGCAUGUGAUGCCCUUAUCCCAGUCGUCAAGCCUCAAUGGCUACAGGCCUCUAUUGCAAGAAACAAACUCGCAAMCCCCCGCCAGUACAGCCCUGACCCAAGAAUGUUCUUCAGCGAUGUCGUGGUGACGUGCGGCGAUAUUCCAGAUGGCGAUAAGGACGCGAUUAUUGGUGGGGUUAUGGCAAUGGGUGGUCUAUACUCGCCUCGUGUGACUUCACAAGUAACUCACCUUGUCGAUCUCAGCAUGGAGUCAGAAAAAGCGAAACUCAUCGUUUCGAAAAGCCUGGGGGUAAAAGUAGUCUUACCUCACUGGUUCGACGAUUGCUUGAAACUCGGAAGAAGAAUCGAUGAGCGCCCCUACACUCUCCCAAACCCCGAAAUUUUGAGCGCUGGACCAGGUGUGCCUAUACGUACUUUUGGCAACAGAGACGUUGUUGGGGCAUCUACACCAGAGCCUACCGCUCUGCCAACACCCAGUCGUUCGCCAAACAAACGUAGCCUAAAUGUUUUGGAGGGCAAACAUAUUAUGUUCUCUUCGGAUCUUGGAAUCGGAAAACAUCUAUUGGAGUCAAUCGAAGAUCUGGUGAAGCAAGGGAAUGGCACAGUCACCCAUGAUUUGACAAAAGCGGACAUGUUUAUAUGUCGAUAUCGCGAAGGGUUUGAGUAUCGCACAGCAUCGAGAUUGAACAAAGACGUUGGCAAUUUGUCGUGGCUAUUUUAUCUCAUCACGCACAACACUUGGACAUCACCUCUUCGACGGCUGUUACAUUAUCCGAUUGAUCGCCAAGGUGUCGAAGGGUUCAAAAAGUUGCGUAUCAGUUUGUCCAACUAUGCUGGUGAAGCCAGAGCAUACCUCGAAAACCUCAUUCAAGCUGCAGGUGGCGAAUGCACAAAAACGCUGAAACAAGAUAACACUCAUCUUAUCACAGCACAUAGCAACAGUGAGAAAUGUGCGGCCGCCAAAGAAUGGGGUCUACAAGUCGUCAAUCAUCUCUGGCUUGAAGAGAGUUACGCAAAGUGGAAAAUGCUACCAGUUUCUGAUCCGCGAUACACGCAUUUCCCCAAACGAACAAAUCUCGGAGAAGUUGUUGGUCAAACCAAGCUUGACAAAGCUGUGCUCGAACGUCACUUCUUCCCUGCAGAUGACAAGGCUGACGAAAGUCGAGUAAUGCAGCAAAAGAACCAGAACGUUGCUGCAAACGUCGAAGUUACUAAGACAGUUUCACCACAGGGACGAGCGAAGUCCGUAGCCAAGUCAUCGCCUGCUCCGUCCAAAACAACCGCAACUAUUACGCCUCAAACCAACAAGUCAACACGCAAAACGUCAAAUUUGGCAGAUGCAAAAACGCCAAUCAUUUCUCGAUUCCUAGCAGAUGAGAAGGAGAAUGUCACCCCCUCGACGACCAGMAGCCGCAAGUCUAAAGAAGCUGCUGCUGCGCGUAUUCAUGAUAUUGCUCCAGAUAUUGCACUCUAUGAGAAAGAAAUGAAACGAGUUGGCGGAGUUGUCUACGGAGGACGGCGCAAAACAGACCCAGAUCUUGUCGUUCCUGCGAAGAACAAAAAGCGAAGAUCUGCUGAGCCAGAUGAAGAGAGCGAUGUUGAGGAGAAGGAUGCUAAGCGGCAGAAAAACGCGAAGCCUCCUGUGACUAUGCAAUUGAUGAUUACUGGCUUUCAACGAUGGGUCGGCAAUAUGAAAAAGGAGGAUGCGGAUAAGCGACAACUUCGCAACCUGGGGAUUGCCAUAACUCAGGACGCCAAAAAAUGCACCCAUCUCGCCGCACCGUCCAUCCUGCGUACGCCUAAAUUCGUCAAUGCCCUUGCAUAUGCUCCAAUCGUUGUGCAUAUUGAUUACAUCACUGAGUGUCUUGCCAAAGAUGAGCUGCUUGACCCUGAUGAGUUUGCAUUGGUCGAUAGAGUCACCGAGAAAAAAGCCGGCAUCAACUUGAAGAAAACGCUUAAGAGGGCCGCGGCUAACAAGAACAAGCUUCUUCACGACUAUAGGAUCUGCUGUGUUGAGACUAUUCGUGGUGGCUUUGACGCAUUCAAGUCGAUUGUCGAGGCUAAUGGAGGUGAAUGCACACUGUUUCGCGGACGUGUCUCCAUGAAUGAUCGUCGUCGAGAAUCUGGUUCGGAAUCAAGUCAGGACGGCAAAGGCCACCCAAUGAAAGAUGAUGUGUUCCUUAUCAGCGGCGACGAACCGGAACAUGUCAAGGUCUGGCCGCGUUUCCGCCAGCUGGUUCUGGAGGCCGGAAGAACACCUCGUAUUGUGAAUGUCAAUUGGCUAUUGGACAUUGCCAUGUCUCAAGAGAUUGGUUGGAAGGAUGAAUAUGAGUACACAGAUCGUACUGCUUGA